AUGAUGAUUGUCGGGGCGAUGCCCCUGGCUCGGCAGGUUUCCCCCUCCCCCCGGGUUGCAGUGGUUACUGCCAAUGUUACCAGUUACAUGAAUGUGCUGACCUACAAGCCCACCCAGAGAGACUUCUACCAGACUCCAUUCAAUCAGGCUGUUGUGUGCACCUAUACCAAACCUGCUGGCUGGACUCCUCCAGUGUAUAACCCUGCACUUGGGGAUGCCUCUGGGUUUGGGAAGCUGGAGUUUACCAUGGGGAUUAUGAAUGAUGACUUCUCAGCCCCACGCACCUCCAGUCUGUUCUUCCUGGGCUCCCCCAUCAACAUCGCGGCUGCAGUGAAGCAGCAAUUCCACAUGCCGCUGAUGGUCUACAUGGAAGAGUGUGUCGCUGCCAGCACUCCAGAGCUGAGCCCUUCAAGCCAGACCUACCCGCUCAUCACCAACCAUGGAUGCUUUGUAGAUGGACAGGCUGGUAACUCCAGGUUUCUGCCCCGAGUCCAGACCUCUGAGAUCCGUCUGGUUGUCCAGGCCUUCAGGUUUACACAACUGAAUACAGAUGUGUAUAUCCAUUGCCGCUUGCUGGCCUGGGACCCUGCCCAGCUCAAUGACCCCACCAAGAAAGCCUGUUCAUUCAACCAGAGAACCAGGAGCUGGGAGCUCCUGGAUAACCCUGGUCGGAGCUCUGUGUGCCGCUGCUGUACCUCCAACUGCAAUCUGAGGAAGAGGAGGGACACGGCUGAAGAGGGACUGAGGCACACUGCAGUGCUGGGACCCCUGAGGAUCCUUCCUGAAGAGCUGUCUGCUGGAAGCCAGGAAUUCUACCAGAGGAGCCCUGCUCUGUCACUGGAGGAGCCCCAGCAGGCUCUGGCCUGGCUGCCUGUUCUAGCUACUCCCCUGCUCCUGAUGGCUGUCCUGGGAGCCCUGUCUCUGGGCUACUACAUGUGCGUGUGGCGUCAUCCCAGACUCUGCUCCAAGUCCAGCAGUGAGCUCCUCGUUCCUGUCCCCAUUGAUGAAAUGCACACAGCAGUUUGCACGGUUUCCAGCAGCUCGCCAGCAAGGCAAUUCUGA